CCGCCCCUGAGCCCCGCGGCGUCCCGGAGCCGGCCCGGGCCCGGGCGGCAGGCGAUCUGUCCUGUCUGACCUUAUGACUCCUGCGUGGCAGUGGCUCUUGGCCCUCGAAGAACGACAUUUUAAACUGUAGAAGAGGAAGGGGAAAAGAUGGGCCAUUGGGAGCGUCUCCCUGAAAAGAGUAAACCCAGCCCAGCCCUGCCUCUUUGCUACUUAGGGAGGAAUUCUGCCACGGAAGGGUUCUGGCAUCGGUGAUGAGCAAUGGGGUAUGAUGUAGCACGUUUUCAGGGGGAUGUUGAUGAAGACCUUAUAUGCCCCAUCUGCAGCGGGGUCCUGGAGGAGCCGGUUCAGGCUCCUCACUGCGAGCACGCCUUCUGCAAUGCCUGCAUCACCCAGUGGUUCUCCCAGCAGCAGACGUGCCCCGUGGACCGCAGCGUUGUGACGGUUGCCCACCUCCGCCCCGUCCCACGGAUCAUGCGUAAUAUGCUCUCGAAGCUGCAGAUCACUUGCGACAACGCUGUUUUCGGCUGUACGGCAGUUGUGCGACUUGACAACCUGAUGUCUCACCUCAAUGACUGCGAGCACAAUCCAAAGCGCCCGGUGACUUGCGAGCAGGGAUGCGGCUUGGAAAUGCCCAAAGAUGAGCUGCCAAACCACAACUGCAUCAAGCAUUUGAGAUCCGUGGUGCAACAGCAGCAGACGAGAAUCGCCGAGCUGGAGAAGACCUCGGCAGAGCACAAGCAUCAGCUGGCCGAGCAGAAACGGGACAUUCAGUUGCUGAAGGCCUACAUGCGCGCCAUCCGCAGCGUCAACCCCAACCUGCAGAACCUGGAGGAGACCAUCGAAUACAAUGAAAUCCUGGAGUGGGUGAACUCCCUGCAGCCGGCCCGGGUGACGCGGUGGGGUGGAAUGAUCUCCACGCCGGACGCGGUGCUGCAGGCCGUCAUCAAGCGCUCGCUGGUGGAGAGCGGCUGCCCCACGUCCAUCAUCAACGAGCUGAUCGAGAACGCCCACGAGCGGAACUGGCCGCAGGGCCUGGCCACGCUGGAGACCCGCCAGAUGAACCGGCGGUACUACGAGAACUAUGUGGCCAAGCGCAUCCCCGGCAAGCAGGCCGUGGUGGUGAUGGCCUGCGAAAACCAGCACAUGGGCGAGGACAUGGUGCUAGAGCCGGGACUGGUGAUGAUAUUUGCACACGGAGUGGAGGAAAUCUAAGGACUUUCAAAGAGAAACGCUUCAUGCUGACGAGGGAGAGGAGGGGGAAGGUGCAGAGGUGGAGACCGGGGGUAGCCGGUCAAAACUGCUGGUGUUCCCUAGUCACCGACAUGGUUUUCUUAGGGCACUGUUCCCUCGAACCUCUUGCUUCCUAGCUGAAAUGAUUAAAUGCCUCUGGUCAAUACUACUCAAACACUUGGCCCAGCGGUGAGCACCCACUGCAGCCCCUCCACGUUCGCCCCUUGCAGAUCAGCUUCCCCGUUCGAUGUCUUUCGAGGAGAGAAGGAGCAACCGCUCCGCACGUACUGCCAGACUCCUCAGACCCAGCCUGCGUUUUGGGUGCUGGUGCCUCUCCCAAAGCCCGGCUCCUGGUCCGGCCCGAACCCAGAGGCCCAGCUCAGCUCUCGCUGUGGACUGACCCCGCGGCCCCUGGCAGCUCCCGCUUGUCCGGUGGCCGAAUCCUCCCUGGGCUUUCUCUCCCUCUCUGGAUUUUCCGCCUCGCUCUCCGGCAUCUCUGCCGCCGUCUCUCCAAGCCUUGCCUCCGACCGCGCAGCACGCAGCAGCGGCGUCCGCUCCCCCUCUCCUGCGGGCUGGGGAAGGGGCUUGGCCGGGGGACUCCCCGAACCGGGCGCUGUCGGCGUCGCCCCCGGGGCCCUGCCCAAGCCCUGCUCGACCCUGCAGCCGCCUGGAGCCAAACCAGCCGCGGGCGAGCCCCCGGCGCCCGCUGACCGCUCGGGCCUUCCACCGUGCCGGAGGGGCUCGGUGUUGGGGACCAGCCUUUCCCCCCACCGCCGUCCCCGGCACGGCGCCCUGCAGCCCUCGGGCCCCCCUCUCCGUGCAUGCCCCAGCCCCUCUCCUCCCGGGGAGAGGCCGGAUCCCUGCGCUCGCCCCCCCCAGCUCGCAGCCCCCCGGGCGUCUCCCGCCCGCCCCCCUUGCCCCGAGACGCCGUCCUGCCCUGCGUUUGCCGGUGUUCGGCUCUGCUUUCUCUGCUGUUACUGCUGUUCGUUUUCCAGACACUUGUGAUUGUGGUUCUGUAUUUUUUUUGUACUUUUUUGGCCUUUUCUUGUUUUUAUUCCCCCCCCCCCCCCUUUUUAUUUCGUUUUUGAAGUACCAUGGACGGGCAGCUCAGAGCCUGGUUACGUUUACUUGUUGGGAACUUAAUUUAUUUGCAUUUGUUUUGUUGUUUUUUACAGUACUUUCUCCUCCGGUGUCUGUACUGCUCGGAUCCGGCCGCAGCUCGGGCCGGUGCCCGGCCGGGCUGGCGGGAGGCAGGGAUUUAAGUGAUCAAUAAACAGCGUUCUGGUU